GCAGAGGCGGGGCCCGGAGGAAUCAGGGCUGGGCCGCCCGGAGACAGUUGGCGGAGUCUUGGGGCCGUCGCGGGAGACCGGGAAGCCGAGCCGGCGGCCGCGGACCCCGGCCUCCCCGAAGCCUCGCUCACGCCUGCCCGAAGCCUCACGCCCGCCACAGCCACUGCCUGUAUGGUGCCGAUUUUUAACUAAGCGGCGGCAGCGGCGAGGCCUGAGGGCCGGCGCCGCAGAGGCGGCUUGGGAUUGAGGCUUCCCGUAGCCCACACUUCCUCCUGCGGCGGCCGUCUCGGCGGGCGGGAUGGCGGCGGCGGCGGCCCGGGAUAGCGGCCGCACAUCUGCGCCCCGGCUGCUUCUGCUCCUGCUCGUUCCGCUGUUGUGGGCCUCGGCUGGGGUCCGCGCGGUCCCCGAUGAAGACCUCCGGAACAAGGAACCGCUGGCGCCUGUCCAGCAGCUGCAGCCGCAGCCUGCGGCCGCGCAGGUCCCCGAACCGGCCCGGGCCGAGAAAGGACCUUCACCAGCUGCCCCAGUUCAUUCCAAUGAAGAAGAUCCAGCUACCCAAACUAAUUUAGGAUUUAUUCAUGCAUUUGUUGCUGCCAUAUCAGUUAUCAUUGUGUCUGAACUGGGUGAUAAGACAUUUUUUAUUGCAGCCAUUAUGGCAAUGCGCUAUAACCGUUUGACAGUGCUGGCUGGUGCUAUGCUUGCCUUGGGCCUAAUGACGUGCUUAUCAGUUUUGUUUGGUUAUGCCACCACAGUCAUCCCCAGGGUAUAUACAUACUAUGUGUCCACUGCAUUAUUUGCCAUUUUUGGCAUUAGAAUGCUUCGGGAAGGCUUAAAGAUGAGUCCAGAUGAAGGUCAAGAGGAACUGGAAGAAGUUCAAGCAGAAUUAAAGAAAAAAGAUGAAGAAUUUCAACGAACCAAACUCUUAAAUGGACCAGAUGUUGAAACGGGUACAAGCACAACGAUACCUCAGAAAAAGUGGCUGCAUUUUAUUUCACCUAUCUUUGUUCAAGCUCUUACAUUAACAUUCUUAGCAGAGUGGGGUGAUCGCUCUCAACUAACUACGAUUGUUUUGGCAGCUAGAGAGGACCCCUAUGGUGUAGCAGUGGGCGGAACAGUGGGCCACUCUCUGUGCACUGGAUUGGCUGUAAUUGGAGGAAGAAUGAUAGCACAAAAAAUCUCUGUUAGAACUGUGACAAUCAUAGGAGGCAUUGUAUUUCUGGCGUUUGCAGUUUCUGCACUAUUUAUAAGUCCUGAAUCUGGUUUUUAACAAGCUAUUUUCAUUUAUAUUUAGUUUAAGAUAGGUAACUCUUGUGUUUAUGUACAUAGUAUACAUUAUAACUAAAAGUGAAAGAAAAUACUGUAUUUUGUAGCAAUGAGUUAUUAUGUGCAAAAGAAAUAAUCAUUGAUUCUAUUUGAAACAUGGAUUUUUAAAAGAAACCUGAUGUUUAAGUGUGGAUUUUUCUUUUCUCCAGCAUAAUUAUGUUAAUAUGGUCUGUUUUCUGAGGGCUGUCUUGGCUUUUUUUGGGAGGGUGGUGGGGGUAUAUACAGAACCACUGUGCAGUGGCGUCUACCAUUUGAUUUUCUUUCAGCACUGACCCCUUUAUAAGGAAUAUACAUCCCCCCCCCCCAUCACUGAGGCAUUUUAAGAUGUUUAUCUUAAAAUUUCCCCCCCGGGGGGGGGGCAGGGGAGAAAGAAUUUUCUAUCUUUUAAAGCAUUUCCCUGAGCCAGUGAGCAAUAGUUUAAUCCUAAAUCUUUUCUUAAUUAGGUUCUUUAUUACAGUCAGCUCUCUGUAUCCAUGGGUUCAGCAUCCACGGAUUCAACCAACCACAAAAACAUUUGAAAAAAAUGUUACAUUGUUGCUGAUGUAUACUAGGUAGUUAGGCCUACAAUGGAUGGUUGUGUCUGUACUGAACAUGUACAGACUUAUUCUUGUCAUUAUUCCCUAACUACAAUAUAACAGCUAUUUACCCAACAUUUACAUUGUAUUAGGUAUUAUAAUCUAGGAAUGAUUUAAAGUAUAUGGGAGGAUGUGUGUAGGCUAUGAAAACACUACACCAUUUUAUAUAAGAGACUUGAGCAUCCGUGGGGGCGGGGAGGGGGGAAGUCAUGGAAAUGAGGGAUGACUACUGUUAUAUCAAUAAUAUGAGAAUUGUUUGCCAGGUCCAUUCUUCCUUUUUUUAAAAUUGGGUAGGUAACCCAAUAUAAAAACAGUCAAUAUUUGACAAUGUGGAAUUACCAAAUUAAAAGAGAAUACUAUGAGUGUAUUCUUAUUUUUUCUAUUUUGAAUAAACAAUGUAACAUAGAUACAAUGUAAAUAAAAGUGGUAUGACCAGU